GCUGCUCUAAACCCAACUCCGUCCAACCAAUUUCAUUAAAUUUAACGUCUGUGUGGACCUCCUUUUAACAAAUAGAAACACCCACUCACUAUAAAUAAGCUACUUGUCCUUGCCUAAAAAAGAAGCACCAUACCCUUUCUCUCCCUAUAAUUCACCACUUGCUUUUCAAAUUCUUCCAUGGAAGCAUACUGGGAAUCCUUCCUUCAAGCAGAUGAUUGCAGUUGGGGGAUAUUAGAAGAAACGUUCUCGGGCUACUACUCAAGCUCCCCCGACGGACCUCAGUCGUCGGCAACCUCCAAAAACAUCGUCUCCGAGAGGAAUCGAAGGAAGAAGUUGAAUGACAGGCUCUUUGCACUUAGAGCAGUGGUCCCUAAUAUUAGUAAGAUGGAUAAGGCUUCGAUAAUCAAAGACGCAAUUGAUUAUAUUCAAAUGUUGCAAGAUCAAGAGAGAACGAUCCAAGCGGAACUAAUGGAGCUUGAGUCUCGAAAAUUAGAGCUCGAAAGUUUGGAUUUCUGUCACGAGACGGAGUUUCUGUCAAUGGAGAGAUCAAAGAAGAAAAAGCUUGAACAAGCCUUCGACUCGAGUGGAUCAAGAACAUAUCCCAUCCAGGUUAUACAAUUAUCGGUAUCAUAUGUGGGAGAGAAGACAGUGUUGGUGAGUUUGAAAUGCAGUAAAAGAAGAGACACCAUUGUGAAGCUUUGUGAGGUGUUUGAAUCUUUGAAGCUCAAGAUUGUGACGGCCAACAUCUCUUCUUUUUCUGAAAGCCUCUUCAACACUCUCUUUGUUCAGGCUGACGAGAAAGAGACAGAUAUUUUGAGGGUACAAAUUGAAGCAGCCAUAUCUGCCCUAAAUGACCCUCAAAGUCCAAUGAGUAUGUAAAAUAGACGAAAUCUAUGGUCAUCAUCAAUAACGAUUAGACAAUCCAUUUUUUCCUUCUUUUAUGUAAAGGGUAUAAUUAUGAUUACAAAUAGAAAAUUUGUACCAUCACAUAUUUUUUCUAUGUAUAAGAGUGUUUAGUUUGAUGGUAAAUCAAAUGUAUGCAUAGAUUUGCCCUUUAAAUAACCUCCAUAAUCUUAUUAA